GCGGGACCUGCCAUCACAUUGCCAAUACACCAGGGCCACCCCAGCGAUCAGCUGUGGGCCGGGGGUUAGGGGAUCCCUCAUUGGGCGGGUGUUUCCCGGUGAUCCUGGCUCCACAUGCAUGUCGCCCACAACUCUCCCAUCUCGCUCCAUUUCCACCCACGAAUCAUCCUCUCUAACCGCCCAACUCCUCAACAUCCCUUCAACAUUACUCUCCGCCAUGGAUGCACAGAAGCAUCGCACAAUGCACCACCGUGGAGGUGUGCAUGGGACUCUGGACUACGAUGGAGACCAUGUUGUCGUAAUCCUGCUUCGUUGAAUCGUUACACUGCGACUGCAUUUAAGUAUCCCCCGAUCCACCACCUUUGGAUCGUUUCCCUUCUUUUCCCUUCAGCAAGCAUCCUCAACUCCCAGAGUGUUUUUUGGUUUCCGUUUUUGUCCUUUCUUCUUCAAUUGUCCUUGUUCAUCGUCAGAGCCUGGUGCUCUUCAGUUCAGUUGCCCCAUUGCAUUUGUCCAUACUUCUACCAUUAUAAUUUGAAUCUCCGCCUAAUAUUCACACCCUCUCACCCAAAGCAACUAUACAAUCUUUAAUUCUUCGUCGCUGGUCGACAAUACGGCGCUAAUUAAUUCACUCUUCUUGCUCAAUCGAAUCGUUUCAAUCUCUUCAACGAAUCGAGCCUGUCUUGCGGUUGAUCUGCGACCCUCAGCAAUUAUUUUGACUAAUUCCACUCGAUAUAAUACGAUCACCACCGGAAUCCAAGGUUUAAUAAUAUCUAUACCACGAUGUCUUCGUCGAUCCAGAUGGAUUUCACUCUUCGCACGUCCACGAACGUGAAGACCGUUCAUUUGCUUGGCUCUUGGGACAACUACCAAG